AUGGCUGGUCCGGCCUAUCAUCAACGCGGGCAGCCGUUCUCAACACGACUAGCAAGGAAGAUGACGAUAUCCUUCGCCUGGGCUCCUAAAGGAGGGGGAGAAAAGUACCGUUUCAUGGGUGGUGAUAAUGGUGGCGGUGGUGAUCCUGCUGCUGCUGCUGCUGGUGGCGGUCAUCCAAGACGACAGAGCGGAAUAGAACAUUUCCACCAUCGCAUGCAGCACGAUCAGCAUAACAGGAAAAGAGCCCAUGACAUGCAGCAUUUGCGGGAGACUUCUAUACGUUUCUUGACGGGCAAGCAGAACAUGUCUCUUUGA